UUACUCUCUCUAUCGGUUAAAAAACGCUAAAUAUAUUAAAAUUUUGUUAUAAUUUGAGUGCUGAAUAUCCAACGAUUAAAAAUCAUAAGCUAGUUAACCGUGUCCUGGCAGCAUGACUGCCGGGGACCUGGACCCAAAAUAGUGAAAUACAAUUCGAAAUCGUUUAGUAUGCACAUAUACUUUGCAACUGUUUGUACAGAGAUAGUCAGAUACUCAGAUUUCUCUAACAGCUGUACAAUCUUAGAGGUACAUUAGUUGUUAAAUUUAGGCCGAGGGACAAUUAUUCAAUGAUUGGAUCAAACUUGCGGUGAAUUAUUAUUUUAUGGGUACCAGCAUGGACGGCACUGAGCAGAUCCAGUGCGACAAACCCGGCCCCUCAUCUUCUUUUUGUCGCAUGAUAUAUACGGAGAUCGAAGAAGUUGGAUGGGAGCAUCUACUGAGGCUUGGAGAAGAUCUUACAUUUCUUAGCUUCCGCUUCAGAGACAAAAAAGAAAGAGUACAUGUGAUGGAGAUAAUGCUGGAUAAAACAUAUCCGAAAUGCCCGCCUGCGGUUUCUGCAGAUGUGCCUUAUAUUUUUACUUUGGAGUGGCUGACAAAUUACAGACUUACGAAUGUUGUAAAACAAUUCCAGAAGCAUCUAGAGAAACUUCAGGAGUUCUGGUCUACAUUGGAUGUUAUUGAUCAUGAUCUUUGGGUUAUUUAUCCGAAACAGCCAACUCGUGCUACUUGUUAUCGUCAAAUCAAUAUGGGAGAUGAUUGCUUUCUGAUGCUGUUCAUAAGUGCCACGGAUCCACGAUCUUUACCGGAAUGUCGCUUUAUGGGCUCAGAUCACAAGGUAAACUUGUUAAGAAAGAUGUGGAGGAGAAAUUGCAAAAGAUGGAUUAAGGACAAACCAGUUCCUGAAAAUCUUUCAAACAUAUUUGAAUCAAAACUUCCAGCACCACCCAGUGUUCAUGUGAGCGAUAAUCAAACUGAAUGUGGGAUCUGUUAUGCACAAUAUCUUCCCACGGAUGUUGAACUUGGAGCUAGCAGCGGAAGCACCACUGAUUAUACAUGUGAUAAUAAAGUCUGCAAUAGGGCCUUCCAUAGUAUAUGUCUUGGGGAUUGGUUGCUCACACUUACUACAACAAGACAGUCAUAUAACGUUCUGUUUGGGAACUGUCCAUAUUGUUCAGACCCAGUUGCCAUCAAAGUUAAUGUAAAGAAGUGAAACAGUCAUAAUCUUUAUCCUGAUAAAAGGAAUACUGAUGUAUUUUAUCUUCACAAUCUUGUGAACACACAUUGAAAUUCAGGACAGCUGAAGUUGCAAAGAUAUCUGAUGAACGUAAUUUGUUGUCUUAAGUUAUAAGGUUUGCAGAGGUGCCACUGCCACCUCUCUUUAUCUUUGUUCUUUUUUAGAUUAGCAAGCUGUUUAAGGUCUUACUGAAUUGAUUUGAGAUAUACAGAACUCUUUCUUGUAUUUAAACUUUUGCGCCUUGUAAACUUUUGCUAGUAGCCACUAUUCUUCAUGCCA